AUGGCUGAGAGUACAUUAGUUUUCAAUGUCCUAAGCUUCGGAGCCAAGCCUAACGGUGUAAUAGAUUCUACACAAGCUUUUCUGGAUGUAUGGACUGCAGCAUGUGCCUCCUAUGAUUCCACUACUAUACGUGUACCAAAAGGAAGGUAUUUGCUUCACAAUGCUAUGGUUUUCAAUGGUGAUAACUGCAAAAGCACUGAUAUUACUUUUCGAAUUGAUGGAACAUUGAUAGCUUCGUCUGAUUACCGAAUCCUUGGCCAAGCUAACAACUGGCUAAGCUUUGAAGGAGUUACCGGUGUGUCCAUUAUCAGAAGUGCCCUUGACUUGACGCUAAAGGUACCUCCAUGUGGGCAUGCAAGUUUGGAAGCACUGAUUGCCCCAAUGGAGGAGCCACGGUUGAGUCUGAGUUUUACAAACUCCAAAAACAUUAACAUCAAUGGACUAAUGUCAUUGAACAGCCACAUGUUCCACAUUGUGAUAAACGGCUGCCAAGAUGUUUGCAUCAAAGGGGUCAAAGUCAAUGCAGCUGGAAAUAGCCCAAACACUGAUGGCAUCUGUUUACAACAUAAUCAACCGAGCAUAUCCAGCCUCAAAACAACUAGCACCAAGGCAGUCACGCUUUCUCCCCUGCCGAAGGAAGACACUCUUCCAAGGCUAGCCCCUUGCCGAAGGUCCUCACCUUCUCCAUUACUAAAGACAAUCCACUUCUCUUUAACCCAGCUAGUUCCUUCUCCUAUCUGGCCUCGUCGCCUCUUCUUCACUCCACAUUCUUCUAUGCCGAUCGAGGAUAGCCAUGAUACUCAGCACCAUACCCCCCGUGAGGGUACCUCCCGAAACCUUUGGCAGAGCGUAACUGGGAGAAGUCACGGGUCCCAGGCUCUCAACAUAAGUUUACCUAGGAUAUUGACCACACUCAACCAGACCAGCCAGUGCCCUCUCACCACAGUGCCCCAAUCCAGCCUAGGCCUGGCAAGGACAGACCAUAUUCCUAUCCCCGUUAAUCUCCAAGACCCAAAGGUGACACACCUAGGCCCCCCACCAAAGCCCACCCACCUACCAGCUAGAGAAGGUGCAGGUGACUCAAAAAACUGGGGGCAGUACUAUUUAGAAGACUAUGAAUCUUAUCACAUUGAGGCGUUUGAAGAACAUGGAACUUACUCAGCCCCUGGCCACCCGCACCUCAGGCCUUCAGCACCCGAGCCCCUCCCUCAUGCCGACCCGGCCAUGAGGCUUCUCUUCAAGAAGUCUGCCCUAGGGUGCAAGGGCCUCACUGACGAAGGCAUGUGCCUCAUCUUCCCUUCCACCCUCAGUGGCGCGGCCCUGAAUUGGUUCUACAGGCUGAACCCCCACACCAUCAACUCAUUUGACAGUCUGAAGCAGGCCUUCUUGGACCAUUUCAUGAUCCAAACUGACCGCUUGUACUACGCUGGCAACGUGUACAUGCUUCGGCAAGGGGAGGAUGAGCCCCUUCGAGAGUAUGCAGCCAAGUUCAGCCACGAAUACUCCUUCUGCCUAGAGACUGAUGACCGCGCUGCCUUUGGUGCUUUCAAGAAUGGCCUCUGCCAGUCCAACUUCCGGUACUUAGUCCACAGCAACCCUUGA